GGUUUUCAAAACGUUUUCUAUUAGGAAUUCUCUCUCUCUUUGUUGCUUUGUCUUUUUGGGGGGUUGGGGUCUGAAAAGGCACUAGAACCAUAAAGUACUAUGUCUGUGCAGCCCUGUCACCAUAGUUAGGCACUUGAGCAGGAGAGUACUGAAACUAGGUGCUCUGCAGCUUACCCUAUGUGACCCGCGUACUUCUGGCCACUCCGUGUCCGUCUCCCUUGAUUCCUACUGUUCAUUUCCUCAGGAUUAUGUUUUAGUUCUUUAUUCUACAUACUUGUCCAAGUGGCCUCAUACCCUUUCAUCUCUUCAGUAACUUUAUGUGGUGAGGCCUCUCAGAUCUGUAUUUCCAGCCCAGACCUUUCUGACUUUAGACUGAUGUGUCCUAGGCCGUUCUCUCCUUUAAGCUGAUAUAUCCUUUUUUUUUGCUGCUUCUUUCUAGGUGUCUCUGAGAUGUCUUUUGUUCAAAACAAAACUAAUUCAUUAUCUUUUCCAUUCAAACCUGGUAUUUUACCAACAUUCUCCAUUUGUUCAAAUCUAGGUGUCAUUCUUAACUUCUCCCUUUCUUUUAUCACCAGACUUCCCAUCAGUCACGAAAUCAGACAGAUGCCCUUCAAAUCCUUGGUUAUGGAAUAUUUGGCUCAUCCCAGUGCACUCAGCUUGGCUGUUGGAGUUGCCUGUGGCAUAUGCCUGGGCUGGAGCCUCCGAGUACGCUUUGGGAUGCUCCCCAAAAGCAGGAUGAUCAAGACAUACACAGAGACUGAAACAGAAGCAAGCAUCUUGGGAGAAAGUGGGGAGUACAAGAUGAUUCUUGUGGUUCGAAAUGACUUAAAGAUGGGAAAAGGGAAAGUGGCUGCCCAGUGCUCUCAUGCUGCUGUUUCAGCCUACAAGCAGAUUCAAAGAAGAAAUCCUGAAGUGCUCAAACAGUGGGAAUACUGUGGCCAGCCCAAGGUGGUGGUCAAAGCUCCUGAUGAAGAAACCCUGAUUGCGUUAUUGACCCAUGCGAAAAUGCUGGGACUGACUGUAAGUUUAAUCCAAGAUGCUGGACGUACUCAAAUUGCACCAGGCUCUCAAACUGUCCUAGGAAUUGGGCCAGGACCAGCAGACCUAAUUGACAAAGUCACUGGUCACCUAAAACUUUACUAAGUGGACUUUGAUAUGAUGACAGCCCCUCUAUCACAAGUGUUUGAAGCCUGUCAAAUUCUGACAAAAGCUGAAUUUCUUCCCCCAACUUAAAAAUGUUCUUGAGAUGAAAAUAAAGCCUAUUCCCGUGUUCU